UUCGAUCUGUCCAGCAAGGACCGCGAGUUCUACACGCAACAACGCGCGGAGCAAGUGCUCGCGCCUCUCCUCGCGAAGGGCGCGAAGUUCACGAAGGUGAAGCUGAGCACGAAGAGCUUCGGGAUCGACGCCGCGAAGGUCGUCACGAGGGCUUUCGCGAACAUCGCAGCCACGCUGAAAGAGGUUGAUUUGAGCGACAUCAUCGCCGGCCGCCCCGAAGACGAAGCGUUGAAAGCGAUGCAGAUCAUCACGGAAGCGACGCUGGGAGCGAAAAUCACGUCCGUGGACGUCAGCGACAACGCGUUCGGCGAGAAGGGCGUCCGCGCGUGCUCCGCGAUGUUGCAGCAGCAGACGGGGAUAGAGAGCAUAUCGUUCAUGAACAACGGUAUUUCCGAGCAAGCCGCGGCCGCGAUCUUGGAACUCUUGGCGUCGCCGCAGUCGCUCAAGAAGUUCCACCUCCACAAGAACAUGACCGGCGAUGAAGGAACUGUGCACAUCGGGAAGCUCUUAGAGAAAGCGCCGCACAUGGAGGACUUCAAGAUGGCGGGGUCGAGGUUCACGAGCGAUGGCGCGGUGACGCUCGCGAAAGGCCUCGCAUCCGGGACGUCCUUGACGAAGCUCGACCUGACGGAUAACAACGUGAACGAGGAGGGUGGGAUCGCGCUCGCGACGAUGUUGUUCAAGCAGCCGAAGAUGAAGCACCUCAACUUUGAGAUGACCUCCCUCGGCCCGGACGCGUCCGCCGCGGUGGCGUCCGCGUUAGCCGCGGGGUGCCCGGAGCUCGAGUACCUGAACCUGUCGUCGUGCGACAUCACCCCGGAGGGUGUUCCAUCGGUCGCGAAGGCGAUCUCGGCGAUGAAGAACCUCAAGGUUCUGAAGAUCGCGGAGAACGAGCUCGGGGACUUCGGCGUCACGCAGAUCUGCGUUGCGCUGAAGAUGUCCGGCGCCCCCAUCGUCGAGCUGGACGUGAGCACGAACGAACUCGUGCUCGCGGGUGCAGUUGCCGCCGCUCGGCUGGCCGCUGCGAAGGUUGGGUUCACGGCGCUGAACUUGGACGCGAACUACAUCUCGGACGAGGGCGUCGAGGAGGUGAAGUCCGUCUUAGAGGGCGCGGGCAUCUCCGCGGCGUUGAUGUCGAUGGAGGAGAACGACGCGGACAUGGCGGACGAAGUCGACGACGAC